CUCCGGGCGGGGCCGGAAGAGGAAGUUGGCGCUGCAGUGGCGGCUCCAGCAGCCGCGGCGGCUCCAGCUUAACCCUGCUGGCCGCCCCUGUCCGGCCUAGCCACCGAAGCAGCGCCGCGAGGGGACCCGGAGCCCGCCCCGCCUCGCGCCGCGCCGCCGGGCGCUCACCAGGCAGUCCGAUGGGACUGCAGCACCCGCUGACCCCCGCCGCGGCCGCCCUGCUGUGGGGCUUCCUGCUCCCUCUGAAAAGAAGAGUACAAGGGCUUCCGUGGUGGUGCAGUGGUUAAGAAUCCGCCUGCCAAUGCAGGGGCACGGGUUUGAGCCCUGGUCCGGGAUGAUCCCACAUGCUGCAGAGCAACUAAGCCCGUGCUCCACAACUACUGAGCCUGUACUCUAGGGCCUGCGUGCCACAACUACUGAGCCUGCGAGCCACAACUACUGAGGACACGUGCCACAACUACUGAGCCUGUGCUCUAGAGCCCGUGUGCCACAACUCCUGAAGCCUACGUGCCUAGAGCCCGUGCUCCGCAACAAGAGAAGCCACUGCAAUGAGAAGCCCGCGCACCGCAACGAAGAGUAGCCCCCGCUUGCCGCAACUAGAGAAAGCCCGUGCACAGCAAUGAGGACCCCAACGCAGCCAAAAAUAAAUAAAUAAAAUAAAUAAAUUUAUUAAAAAAAAAAUGAAGAGUACAAGCUAAUAAAUGUAGAGGAUUGACAUUCACCAUUUCACAACCCCAAACAUAAUAUGUAAAAUUAAAUCAGACAGCUGCUCAGGAAGCAAUCCUGCAUGCAUCUGGAAAUGACAUGCCUUCACCAUCUAAGGACUACUGCAUGCUAUAUAACCCUCAUUGGACAGCUCUUCCAAGUACCCUAGAAAAUGCAACUUCCAUUAGUUUGAUGAAUCUGACUACCACACCACUGUGCAACCUUUCUGAUAUUCCUCCUGAUGGAAUAAAGAACAAAGCAGUUGUGGUACAGUGGGGAACCUGCCAUUUUCUUGAAAAAGCCAGAAUUGCACAAACAGGAGGUGCUGAAGCAUUGUUGGUUGCCAAUAACAGUGUCCUUUUUCCUCCCUCAGGGAACAAAUCUGAAUUUCAUGAUGUGAAAAUACUGAUUGCAUUUAUAAACCACAAAGACUUUAAAGAUAUGAAGCAGACUCUCGGAGAUAACAUUACUGUGAAAAUGUAUUCUCCAUCGUGGCCUAACUUUGACUAUACUAUGGUGGUUAUUUUUGUAAUUGCUGUGUUCACUGUGGCAUUAGGAGGAUACUGGAGUGGGCUAAUUGAAUUGGAAAGCAUGAAGGCAGUGACAAACACUGAAGAUAGAGAAAUGAGGAAAAAGAAGGAAGAAUAUUUUACUUUUAGUCCUCUAACAGUUGUAAUAUUUGUGGUCAUCUGCUGUAUUAUGAUGGUCUUACUUUAUUUCUUCUACAAAUGGUUGGUUUAUGUUAUGAUAGCAAUUUUCUGCAUAGCAUCAGCGAUGAGUCUGUACAACUGUCUUGCUGCACUAAUUCAGAAGAUACCAUGUGGACAAUGCAUGAUUAUGUGUCGUGGCAAAAGCAUUGAAGUGAGACUUAUUUUUCUCUCUGGACUGUGCAUAGCAAUAGCUGUUGUUUGGGCUGUAUUUCGAAAUGAAGAUAGGUGGGCUUGGAUUUUACAGGAUAUCUUAGGGAUUGCUUUCUGUCUGAAUUUAAUUAAAACACUGAAGUUACCCAACUUCAAGUCAUGUGUGAUACUUCUAAGCCUUCUUCUCCUCUAUGAUGUAUUUUUUGUUUUCAUAACACCAUUCAUCACAAAGAAUGGUGAGAGUAUCAUGGUUGAACUUGCAGCCGGACCUUUUGGAAAUAAUGAAAAGAAUGAUGGAAACUUGGUGGAAGCCACUGCUCAACCCUCAGCUCCCCAUGAGAAAUUACCAGUAGUCAUCAGAGUACCAAAGCUGGCCUAUUUCUCAGUAAUGAGUGUGUGCCUCAUGCCAGUUUCAAUAUUGGGUUUUGGAGACAUUAUUGUACCAGGCCUGUUGAUUGCAUACUGUAGAAGAUUUGAUGUUCAGGCUGGUUCUUCUAUAUACUAUGUUUCCUCCACAGUUGCCUAUGCCGUCGGUAUGAUACUUACCUUUGUUGUUCUGGUGCUGAUGAAAAAGGGGCAACCUGCUCUCCUCUAUUUAGUACCUUGCACACUUAUUACUGCCUCAGUCGUUGCUUGGAGACGUAAGGAAAUGAAAAAGUUCUGGAAAGGUAAUGGCUAUCAGAUGAUGGACCAUCUGGACUAUGCAACAAAUGAAGAAAACCCUGUGACUGCUGGUGAACAGAUUGUCCAAUAAUAAUAUUAUGUGGACUUGCAAUAAUGUGUCAAUUGAUUUUCUACAAAUAGAGUUGGCCGUUUUAAAUUGGCUUUUGAAUUGACAAUCUGAAAGAAACUUCAAUGAUGUGCUUGCAAAUAUGUAUUUUUAAGAGCUGGUACUGACGACUACAUGAUAAGUAAUUAAAAUACAUUUGCUUUUAACUAUGUUAAAGUUGUGCCUUCACAUUAAAUAAAAGCAUAUGGUCUGUGUAAUUUUCAAGAUGUAAUAUAUACAGUAUAUUUUUCUAAAAAAAAAAGUCUUCAUCCACCCCUGUGCUUUUCUUACUGAAAUCUCUUUCUUUCAACUUUAAUGAUAGUUAAAAGUAUUUGUCAAAGUGAGUUUCUGAACAGAUUUUACUGUAAAGAAUUAUGCAAAUUUUAUGCUCUAUAGAAAUAACUGUUUAAGACCAUGUAAGAAGGCAGUUCAGCAAUGGAAUUUUAGACCUUUUAUCACUGCAGAGGUUAGAAAUAUAUAAUUUGGGAAUAUAUAUAAAUGUGUAUUUUUGUAGCAUAAGUUUAAAAAAAUCCCAAUCCUUUUUUAAACUUGAGAACCUAAAUUACUUCAGACUGCAUAUGUAUUAUAUUAGAAUAUUUUUCCAGAUAUAGAGAAACAUAAUAUAUAGAACUAGUCAUUAAAAGGAAACAAAAACUGAAAUCCACAGUUUUCAGUUCUGCUGUUUCCUUGAAGAUGUAGCUUAAAUUUCUAAACUAACAUUUAAUUCCACUGUGGUAUUUCUGAUCUCUGAAGUUUGGUUCUGCUAAGGUUAAGACAUAAUAUUUUGUAAAAAUUAUUUUUCUUAUUAAAUUAUGUAUUAAUACAUAUGACUCAUUGUUUGAGUGUUAACAUCCCUAACAAUCCCCUCCCCUACCUUUUUUUCCCCUGAUCCCUACUCCUUUCCCCAUAGGAAACCACUGUUAACUUUUUAAAAUUUGGAUGGAGAAUGGUUUACUAAUAUACAAAGUGUGCUUCAGAGAAAAGAAUUGGAGACAGAAGACAGGAGACUGGGUGUUAGUCUCAAUUUAAUUACAAGAGUUGGAGUAAAUUUUAUUAGCUCAAUAAAACUGUAUCUCAGCUUUCUCAUCUGCAAAAUGAGUAUGUUAGACCAACUAAUCACUUUGGUAUCUUCCAGCUUGAAAAAAUCUUUCUCAUUCUUUGCUAAAUCUCAGAUGUGGACUUGAACAUUAUCCUGGGAGUCAUAGGUCACAUUAUCUUUCCAUUUUCUUUUAUUUUCUCUAAGAAAUUCCCAAAUGAAAAGUGAUCGCAAAGACAGCAGGAUUUUGUAUUUCUCUGUGAAUAAUGUACAAGAUAUGUGAACAAAUCCAUGAUUUUUCAUCCUAAGGCCAGUUUAACUGAUUAAAAGAUAAAGCUAAUGCCUUUAAAAAUGGAUCAGACCUUUGAUGUUUGAACUAAAUUUAGUAUUUGAGGGAAUUAGAUGCUUUUGAUUAAUUGUUAAGUUGCUGAGUAAUUUAUACAUGUAGAAGCUCCCUUGACAGUCAGCCCUUCUUUCUACUUAAUGCACUUAUGGGUCAUUUGGUUUAUGGCAAAUGACAAAUAAGUAUCUGACAAGUAAGAGUUCAUGUUAAUUUUGCCUCUAUAAUAUAAAGUUUGAAUUUUUUCCGAAGAAUUUAAUUUAUUUGGCAGACUCUGAUAGAGAGAACAGAUUAAGUGCCAUGUUAAAGCUCCAACUAUAUUUUCAUUUAUAAUAUCAAUAAAAUGUUUGCCAAAAUACAGCUCUUUUAAGUAAAAUUAUCUGCACUCUUAUCCCAGCUUUAGAAUAUUCAAAAGCCUCAACCACAUUUUAUGAAGAAUGUUAAGAGAAAAUUUUACAUCUAGAAAUCUGGAAUCUUAAUUCUUUGAUGCAAAUUCUACUUUAUCCAACCAUUAGUUAUCAAGAAGGUAAAACCUUGUUCUAGUUUGCUAUUUAAAUCUUACAGAUUAAAUAGAAAUAACAUAAAAAGUGAAACUUCUUAAGUUUCUCCAUCUUCAAUAUCAACUUUAUAUUAUACUUAGUCCUUCUAGCAACUGAAAUGAAAAUAUUUAUAGAAAUUACAAUAAAGUGCAGAAAUAUUUUAUUUGGGGAAUCAAAAUAUAAGCAAAAGAUAGUGGAGAUGGAAAUUUGGCUUUAGAAGACUGUAUCAUUUCGUCCUCUCUUGCCCUCCCAUCACCAAUAACUUUAAGGGGAAGAGAAGUUUAUUUCCUAAACAUGUCUUUAAAACAAUAAGAUAUAUUGUAGGAGAUUACUUACUGCAAAAAAAAAAAAAAAGUCUGAGAAAUUCCCUAUGUACAUUUUUGUAGUU